AUGCUCGAAAAACCCGCUGUAUGCCCCCCUCCCACACACACAAUGAUAGCUGUAUCAGUAGUUCGAUGCGCUGUAGCCACAGAUUAUGCAUUCGGUGUCGAAGAUCUGGAACUGAUGGACCAUGUCUAUGCCUGCAUUCUCAAUACAUCACAUUACGAUGAAAGUGUGAUUGAGGUAUGCUGGGAAUGGAUUGACGCCCUCGAACGUCCGCCGCGCAUGAAGGAUGCUCGUGUCGUGUCCAGUUCACAGUUGAGCAUCUACUAUGCUUACCAUAUGGUACGAGAUAUCACCAUCUCUGGGUUUAUUCCUACUAUAGGAUUUCCGGUGCAAUUGCAGACUAACUGGGGAGAUUCCCGAAUAUUUUUUGCAGAUUUCUCGCGUGCAAGAACGUAUGCCUCGGCGACCGAAUCAUGCACAGUCGAGAGCGGACACAUGGCGAAGGGUCAAGAAAAGUUUCGAGUACGUUUCAGCUAUCUAUGGUCAGCAGCGGUUCAACUGUGGAAGCCGUUCGAACUGGAUCGACUGGACAUCCUUUGCAGCUGGUCGUACCUGGCGUUGCAAUUUGCUGACGCUGUCGACGAAGAUACUAUCGAAUUGAUCGAGGUUAGAUCCAAUUUUGGGGAAAAAGCUUCACAUGGGAUUUUUGGCUUUGCGCUAUUUUUUAUCUAUUACGAAAUACUAUAAGG